AUGGGCGGAAAGAGCGUCUGCGGCGUGCAGAACACAGGCACGACGUCGCCGCGACGCCGUCGUCGCGCGACGCGGUCGCCACGCCAUCGCGGCCGCCACCGCCGACGAAUUGAUCGCUGCUGCGUUCUGCUGGCAGUCGGCUCGCAACCGUUCUUCUUAGCGUGCACACAUGGCCCAAUGGACCGAUCCAUCCCGAACGUUCCUCAUCCAGGAAGUCCGAGGCCGUCGGGUGCUGCGGCCGCGUUCGCCGAAGUCGCCAACGUGAUGAACGAGGCGUUCCCGUCGAGCACAAAGUACACAGCUGAAGACAUACGAUCGCAAUGGAAAAACCUCAAGGACACAUUUGUACGAAAACUCAGAUGGGUCUCAGAAGGAAAAUACACAGACGAUCCACUCAAAGAACCUACAUGGAAGUUCUACCGUAUGCUAUCCUUCUUGGAUGAAAAAGAGUCGAAGCGUUUGUCGAACGAUCACCCAAUAUUUGAUAUUGCUGCAUUGCAGAGGGAUCAUGGACUGGAUCUGGUGAAAAACGAACUUCAUCAUAUUCAGUACGAUGGCAGCAAUCAAAGUGCAGCAUCUAGUGAAGAACAGAUGCUUUCGUUAUUUGCACAGUCUUACUCGAACGCCGAGAAAGGGCCAACACAACUCGACUCGCCGCCGUCGCCUGCGUUACCGCCGGUUUCCGCUGCGGACACCACAGCUUCGGAUAAUAUCGUUGCGAAAACGAAUACGGCCUAUUCGCACUCUAUGGACGAAGAAGAGGAACCACGGAGGAAGCGGCCGUACCACCGCCGUCAUACUUUGACCACGCAACCGCAACAGGAUGAAUUCGAAUUAUUUGGAGCGAUAGUUGCCACACAAUUGCGCAGAGUUUCGGACGAGUUCUCACGCGCUGCAUCGCUACGACUACAGAAAAAGUUGAACGAUGUGAUUUUCGAAUCACAGAUGGAAUUACUCGAAAACGGGAACUAA